GUUGUUUAACUGUUACAGCCCGUAUACUACCCCAGCUGGUCAUCAUGAAAGCAAACACCGUAAUAAUACUUUUAGUUCCAAUUUUAUUGGCUAUCCAUUUCGCUGAAGCGACAGCAUCGUACGGUACAUCAGCAGGUUACGUCCUAACUACGCACACGGAAUCGGAUGAAUACCAUGGCCGACUAGGUGAUGACGACGAUGAUGAAAAGGACCGCGAUGACGAUGAAGAUAUCAAAUAUAAGAAACUGAACUCCGGCCACACGGGUGUCUCUCACGUUGCCCAGGUUUACACUGCUCCGGCCUACGUUGCUCCAGUUCAUGCAGCUCCGGUCUACUCGGCUCCCCAUGCAGUCCCUUCCAGUUACGGGGCUCCGGCUUACGAAGCUUCUUCUCAUAACACUGAGGCCCCUUAUUUGCCAUACUGGUUGCGUUCAGGUUAAGAAAAAAAAAAUGAAGAAACAAAAUACCUUCCUAUAUUCCCCUCUUAGACUACGUCCAUCUUAUCCAUGAAAAUUCUAUCUAAUGCUAACUCAACAAACAUCUAACAGAAAUCUAAGCUUUAAUUCAUUAUUGAUCAUCUCUUUCUAUUGAUUAUUCAAGAGCAUUCCAAUCAGCUUUAAGCACAACUGAAAUUUCUAUCUCUAGUUUCUAGAACAAUACACUAAUUAUCAUUUUAAAA